UUUAAAAUGUUUCGGUUCAGGAGCUCAGCUGAGAAAUCGAAAUAAAAGCAGCACCCGGGGACUUUGUGUCCAAGGUGGCCGCUCCGUGGGCUCGCCAGUGCUGGAAUCAGUAGCUCCGAGCAACUGCACCGGGGGACCGAGGACACCGUGACCUGCGGUGGUUAUUCUCGUAAACAAAUUUCUAUUAAUCACCAGGGCCUGGGAAUGCCUUCACAGUCCAGAGCGUGCCUUACCCCGCUCCCCACCACCCGACCGGCAGCUCGCAGCCCAAAAACCCGAGCGGGAAAGCGAACCGAGCGAUCCGAACCAACCCUUGCCGCAGGCCCCCAAGAAAUAAACACACGAGGCUGGGGGACAGACGUAAGAAAUCUCCACGGAUUUACAUCCAGGGAGCUACAUUUCCACUGAGGAGCGGGGAAGGUUGGGGUGACAGGUCCCCUCCUCUGCACCCCCUACGAAACCCAGCCGAGACACUGAGUGCCAAGGCUCUGCGAUAUUCCCUCCCCUCCCAGCAAAGGCCUCUGCCCAGCAAGAGGCAAAAAGUGCAAAAAUAAAAUCCCUUUCCAGAAAAGCCAAAGCGAUUUUGCAUCCCCAGCACAGUACAACAAUUCCAUACAAACAGAAUAUUUAUAGACUUACAGGUUAUUUUGCAACAAUAACAAAACAGCUACACAGAAUUAACCCACCACUUGAAUGUCCUGGAAAAGAGAACACGCAUGGAAAUAAUAAAAAAAGAAGAAUUUCAUCAAAAUCUUUUUUUUUUUUUUUUUGGUCUGGAGAAUUCUGGCAAAGAAAUUAAAAAGAAGAAAAAAAUAAUUAAAAUAAAACCAAAAACGAAUACGGGGAGUUCACGGGGAACCGUCUUUUAAGGAAGAAGCUUCUUUCCCCAAUAGUAAAUCCCAUUGGAGGCCCUGAGCCGAGUGUGGCUGUUUGCAAAAAACAAUAUUAAAAAAAAAAAAAAGCUGAAUGAGGAAAAAAAUUAUUAAAGAAAAAAAGUAAAAAUCCAGAACAAUGUAGCUGGCUCCUUGCUUUGCUCGCUGGGUUGUUUGGUUGGUUUGGGGUAUUUUUUAGUGGGGGGAGGGUGCUUUAGAAACGCGAAAGUAACCCCCCCGCCCCAAAAUAAAAAAAAAAAAUAAAAAGACAUAAAGAUAAAUUAUAAUUAAAAAUACAUAUAUAUGCAUCUAUACAUAUAUAUAAAAAAUAAAAGACGCGGGUAUUUUUUUUUUCCAAGAUCUCUUCGCUCGUUUUCGGAGAGGUUUGGGAGAAAGGGGAAAAAAAAAAAAAAACCCAGAAGAAGAAAAACAACCAAAAGCGAAGGCUGGUGAUGGUAGGGGGUGUGAUGUGUGUUUGCACCGCCCGGAGCUGUGCCCGGGACCCCCCGGUUUCCUCUCUUUCCUCUCUCUCUCCUCCUCCCGCCGCCGCCGCCGCCGCUGCUCGGUCCGCGCCGCGCGCGCUGCUCCGCGCCCGCGCGCCCCCCACGUCACCGACAGCACCCGCCGCCACGUGACCCGCCGCCCGGGCGCGACCACUACUGAAGGGGGGGGAACGGGGAGGGGGAUGAACGGGGGGCGACACCGUGCGACCCCCCCCGCCGCCGCCGCGGCCCCCCGGGAUACGCGCCUCUCCUCGCCGACCCCGUUGGCGGCCUCCUCGGAGCGGGGCGAACAGCCGGAGGGGCGCGGCGGCGGGGAAGGUGCGGAUGGGGGAGGUCCGUGGCCCUCCCCAUGCCGAGCGCGAUGGUAGAGUCCGCAGCUCAAAUUCCGAGAAUUGGGCUCUGUUGAUUCUUAGAACUGGGGUUCUUAGAAGUGGUGAUGCAAGGAGUUUCUAGGAAAGCCCGGAGACCAGGUUUGAAAGAAACUUUUGGACUGUGAAUUGAGGCAUUGGACUCAAGAUGGCCUCUCCGGCAGACAGCUGCAUCCAGUUCACCCGCCACGCGAGCGACGUCCUCCUCAAUCUCAACCGCCUUAGAAGCCGGGAUAUCUUGACUGAUGUUGUCAUCAUUGUGAACCGGGAGCAGUUCAGAGCCCACAAAACAGUCCUCAUGGCCUGCAGUGGCCUCUUCUACAGCAUCUUCACUGACCAGCUCAAGUGCAACUUGAAUGUCAUCAACCUGGAUCCUGAAAUUAACCCUGAGGGGUUUUGCAUCCUCUUGGACUUCAUGUACACCUCCCGCCUGAACUUGAGGGAGAACAAUAUCAUGGCUGUGAUGGCCACAGCACUCUACCUGCAGAUGGAGCACGUAGUUGACACCUGCCGAAGAUUUGUCAAGUCUAGUGAAGCAGAGAUGGUGUCUGCUGUGAAGACCCCAAGGGAAGAGUUUCUGGCAGGACGGAUGCUGGGCCACCCAGAGGUGAUGGCUUAUCGGAGCAGAGAUGUCUCAGAGAAUGGCAUGCCUCUUCAAAACGGGUCCCUCUGCAGUGGGAGGGCCUUUGCACCUGGCUUGAUCAACAGUUUGUCUGGAUCCCCCCUUUCCUACCACGGUUACAGCCCUCUCCCUCUAAAUAGCUUCCUAGUCGAUGAUGAGUUGCGGGAGAUGAGGAUGCCUCUCUCUGAACUCUCAAGGGCAGGUGCCUUCCCCAAGGAGAGGAUCCUGCCUUGUGACAGCUCCAGGACAAUCCCCACUGAGUAUGUGAGAACCAUUACCGACAUCUCUGCCAACAUGUGCCACGCUACCAUCUAUGCUCCAAAAGAAGGUGCUGCUGAGGAAGCCAGGAGUGACAUGCACUACAGCGUGGCCUCUGGGCCCAAACCUGUCAUCCCUUCAGUCCGGAACAAUCCCUACUUCCCUUGUGAUAAAGUGGCCAAAGAGGAGGAGCGGACCUCUUCAGAGGAUGAGAUCAGCCAGCACUUUGAACCCACCAACACACCCCUGGACCGCAAGGGACUCAUCAGCCCUCAGAGCCCACAGAAGUCAGACUGUCAGCCCAACUCACCAACUGAGUCCAGCAGCAGCAAGAAUGCCCGUAUUGGUCAGAACUCCAGCUCCCUCUUCACCAAGAGCCCCACAGACCCCAAAGCCUGCAACUGGAAGAAGUACAAGUUUAUUGUCCUCAACUCUCUCAACCAGAACACCAAGCAAGACAGCGCUGACCAGAAUGAGAUGGGAACCCUCUCUCCUCGCACCUACGUGCCCAUGUCCACUUGUCAGCAGUCCAUGGAGCCAGAGCAUCUCAAUGUGCAAUCCCCCACCAAGAUAAGCGUGAAUGGUGAAGACUCUACUAUUCCACAAGCGAGCAGACUCAACAAUAUUGUUAACAGGUCCCGGGACGGGUCACCUCGGAGCAGCGAAGGGCAGUCCCCACUGUACAUGCAUUCUUCGAAGUGCAGCUCCUGUGGCUGCCAGUCCCCACAGCAUACUGAGAUGUGCCUUCAUACCCCUGGCUCAAACUUUGGAGAAGAGAUGGGGGAAACCCAGUCUGAAUACUCUGACUCCAGCUGUGAGAACGGAGCUUUCUUCUGCAAUGAGUGUGACUGCCGGUUCUCUGAGGAGGCCUCUCUCAAGAGACAUUCUCUGCAAGUCCACAGUGAUAAGCCCUACAAGUGUGACCGCUGCCAGGCCUCCUUUCGCUACAAGGGGAACCUCGCCAGCCACAAAACAGUCCACACAGGAGAGAAGCCGUACCGUUGCAACAUCUGCGGGGCACAGUUCAACCGACCAGCUAACCUGAAAACCCACACACGCAUCCACUCUGGGGAGAAACCCUACAAGUGUGAGACUUGCGGGGCCAGAUUUGUCCAGGUGGCCCACCUCCGUGCUCACGUGCUCAUUCACACUGGGGAGAAGCCGUACCCCUGUGAGAUCUGCGGCACGCGCUUCCGGCACCUGCAGACCCUCAAAAGUCACCUUCGAAUCCACACGGGAGAGAAACCGUAUCAUUGUGAGAAGUGCAACCUGCAUUUCCGCCACAAAAGCCAGCUGCGGCUCCACCUGCGGCAGAAGCACGGGGCCAUCACCAACACCAAGGUGCAGUACCGCAUCUCGGGCAGCGAGGUGCCCCCGGAGCUCCCCAAGGCCUGCUGAAGACACAGGAUUUCCCAGGAGGAGGUCGUCUUGGGGGGCACGAGGGGGGAAAAGCUGUUCUAAGGAUACUUGCAACACUUUAAAAGAGAGAGAAAAGAAAAAAGAGAGAGACAGAAAAAAUAUUCAUCACAUGAUGGAGUGCCUCUAAACCCAUAGUACAGAUAGGCGGAGAAACAUUAGAAAUUAAAAAAAAAAAAAUACAGAUACACGGGUUUUAUUUUUCCCAGUUAUGUGAAACAAAAAGAAAAAAUAAAAUUAUUCAGAUCUUACUGUAUAUAAAACAUUGAAAAAUUUAAAAUAGUCAUUUUAAAUGUCUGUGCAGUGGAGUGUUGAUAAACUCUGGAGUCUAACCUUCACAGCCUUUGCCGUUUGAAGAUGAGGAAUGUAAUGUUGAUUUAUGGGAACAGAUUUUUUUUCUUUUGUAUGCAAAAUGUGUGUUCUUUUAAAGAGAAAGUAUGCUAUUAAAGAGAGGGCUUUAACUUUUUUAACCAAAGGUGAAGGAAUCUAUGGCAGAGUUGUAAAUAUAUAUAGAUAUAAAUAUAUAAAUAUAUAUAUAUAAAAUAAAUAUAUAUAGACCUUUAAAAAAGCUAUAUUAAAAAUAUAUAAAAUGCAUUAAAGGCUCAGUUGGACUCUGCAGGCAGAAGCCACUCUGAGAAUCUUUAUUAUGAUAGAGCACUUAAGGAGAUAUUUUAAAGUAUUGCAUCUGUACAAGUAAGAAAAUAUUUUGUCUAAAUGCAUCAGUGUAUUUGUAUUUUUUUGCAAGUGAAGGUUUACAAUUUACAAAAAAAGUGUGUAUUAAAACAACAAAGCUGCAGAAGGAAUUUAAAAUAAUAAUAAAGUGUAAUUUUUUUGUUCUAGUUCUCAGUCUGUAUAUAUGUAAAAUGUGGUUUCGCACGGUGCCUUUCUUUUCAAUGGAAGUUUUCAGUGUAUGGACUAUAUUGAGCUCAGUUUCUUCAAGGUACAGCCUGAUGUUGCAAAAGGAGUUUUGAUGGAACUCUAGUGGAGGAAUGUUCUAUUUUUUUGUUUUGGAUUUUUUUUUUUGUUCUUAUUUUACAUGCUUGUGUUAUAAACAAUCUCGGGAGACAGGGUUUGGGCUGUGUCUAAACUGCAUUAAUGCAUUCUGUAAAAUAUAGCUGUACAAAUAAAAGAAUAAAAUGAA